UAAUUUUCAUAAUCACUUUCUCAAUUCUUCUUAGCUUCAAUUCUUCUCCUUCCUUCUCAUCAAAUUAAAUGGGAAAUGUAGUGAUUUCUCCACCAUGCUUUCAACCUAAUUUUAGUACUACUAGUUGUUGCAACACAAAACCGUCACAACAAGUCAAGCUUAUAUUUUGGGAAGGAACAUCAAGAUCCAUAAACAAUGAUAACAAGAACAAGAACAAGAAACAUAUGGUGGCUGGUGAGAUCAUGUUUGAGUUUCCAGAUAAAGUUGUUUGCCAUGCAGAUUCAUUCUUCAUAGGACACCCUAUUCCAAUUUUAUCCUUUGAUGAUCAACUUCUACCCGGUCAAACCUACUUUGUUCUCCCCAUUGAUCUCUUCUCUUCUCAAACUCUCUCAGCUUCUACCCUUGCAGCCCUAAAUUCUUCGUCGUCGUCGUCGUCAUGCCCUAAAAUCAAUAAUAAUAGGUCUCCCAUCAAAUUUGGGGCAUGCCCUUUUGAGUAUAUUAAGGGUGACAAUGGAAGGGCUUUGAUUAAGGUGAUGCCGGAAUUUAUAACAAGUCUCAUCAUCAAUAAUCAACAACAAAAAGAAGAACAAGAAGGGAAUAAUAAUAAUAAUGGAUCUUUUCUUUGUAGUACUCCUGAAUUGCAAAAGCACUAUGAACAGCUUGUGAUGAGGUCUAAGGAGCAGGUUUGGUCUCCUAAGCUUGAAACAAUAUCUGAAUACAAGAUUAGGUUUUCACCAUGCAGAUUCAUUGGUUUAGAAUGGAAGGAAAAAGAAGAGAAACAUCAAGAAAUUUUCACUAGAUAGUUGUUAAUUAAUUACCUUGUUUUUUUUUUUAAUUUUGAUGUAUACCAUAUACUAACAAUUCGUACAAUAUAAAAUAUAAAAUAUAGGAAGA